UCCCUUUCAUGGUCUCCGUCUUCCUCAUCGCCCCUCUUUUUUAUACUUCUCUCACAAUCUCAAUCGCUUUCUCUCUCUAAAAUCCCUAAAGCCAGAUCUCGCUUUCUCUCUCUAGGAAUUCAACAAUGGCGGUCGCUCAUUCUCCUCGGGAAGAGAACGUGUACAUGGCAAAGCUCGCCGAGCAAGCCGAGCGCUACGAAGAGAUGGUGGAGUUCAUGGAGAAGGUUUCCGCCAACGCUGAUAACGAGGAACUCACGGUGGAGGAAAGGAACCUUCUCUCCGUAGCUUACAAGAACGUCAUCGGAGCUCGACGCGCUUCGUGGCGUAUCAUUUCCUCUAUUGAACAGAAAGAGGAGAGCCGCGGCAACGAGGACCACGUCGCUGUCAUCCGUGACUACCGAUCUAAGAUCGAGUCAGAGCUCUCUAACAUCUGUGACGGUAUUCUCAAGCUCCUCGAUUCUCGUCUGAUUCCUUCCGCUUCCUCUGGCGAUUCUAAGGUUUUCUACCUCAAGAUGAAGGGAGAUUACCACAGGUACCUUGCCGAGUUCAAGACCGGAGCCGAGCGUAAGGAGGCUGCAGAGAGCACUCUCUCCGCUUACAAAUCUGCUCAGGAUAUUGCAAAUGCGGAACUUCCUCCAACUCAUCCCAUUAGACUUGGACUUGCUCUCAACUUCUCUGUUUUUUACUAUGAAAUUCUUAACUCUCCUGAUCGUGCCUGCAAUCUUGCAAAACAGGCUUUCGAUGAAGCGAUUGCUGAAUUGGAUACCCUUGGAGAGGAAUCUUACAAAGACAGCACUUUGAUCAUGCAACUCCUUCGCGAUAACCUCACUCUCUGGACUUCUGACAUGCAGGAUGAUGGUGCUGAUGAAAUUAAAGAAGCACCAUCUAAACCGGAUGAACCACAGCAGUAAACAUAUUUUGCUGCCAGAUUUUAUUUUCGUUUGUGAAUUAAAGGAGAUGUUGUUUGUUGCUGAUAUCUGCUGGCGGCUGAGAUUUUAGGCAUUCACCUCUCUUAAGAAUUCUACAUGUCCCUGGGCUGUUUUAGUUUGUCCUUCCAUAUUUAAGUGUUUUACAAAUUAUUGCCUGUUCUAUUGAGGACACUGAAGUUUUAUUAUAUGGAAUUGGAAAUUUAAGAUUCAUUUGUUUGUUUA